AUGGAAAUAUUGUCAUCUUCACACAGUGAGACUAUUCUGCAGAUGUGGGCAUGCGCACUGCGUCGGUUCUACGGGGGACGGGAAGACAUCACGGAAAACUCGCUGUACCCGAACCCCACGCUGAAAUUCAUUCUUGAUUGCAGUGUAGCACGACUACCGACUACCAUGUUUGAUACACCGUUGAAGUCAGGGACUACUUGACACACUGGCGAUUUAAGUCGCCGCAAAACCGUAUAAAAUACCGUAUGGGAACAGUAUGCGGGAAAUGGUUGGAGGUUGCUGCGUGUGUUCCGAUGAGCGAGGCUGGGCUGAAAAUCCUCUUGUAUACUGUGAUGGGCACGGAUGCAGCGUCGCUGUGCACCAGGCGUGCUAUGGCAUCGUCCAGGUGCCCACUGGACCGUGGUUCUGUCGAAAAUGUGAGUCUCAGGAGAGAGCUGCCAGAGUGAGAUGUGAGCUGUGCCCUCACAAAGAUGGCGCCCUCAAGAGGACAGACAGUGGAGGCUGGGCCCAUGUGGUUUGUGCACUCUAUAUUCCCGAGGUGCAGUUUGCUAACGUUCUCACCAUGGAGCCUAUCGUACUACAGUACGUCCCUCACGACAGAUACAUCAAGACGUGUUAUAUCUGUGAGGACCAUGGGCGAGAGAGCAAGGCUGCUUGUGGCGCCUGCAUGACGUGCAACCGUCAGGGCUGUCGACAAGCCUUCCACGUCACCUGUGCUCAGAUGGCUGGCCUGCUGUGUGAGGAGGAGGGCCCUGAGGCUGACAACGUCAAGUACUGUGGCUACUGCAAGCACCAUUACAUCAAGAUGCAGAGGAAGAUGCGCUCCAGUGGAGAGAACACAGAACGCAGCUCCUUCGGCCACUCCAGGGGGCGCUCCACAUCCCCCGCCCAGGACAAACACGGCUCCCACCACCACAGGCUCAGGAAGAGUCACAAGGACAAGAUGAGGCAAAAGGAGCGGCAUAAAAAGUCAUCUGAUGGUCUGGGGUCCUCACUGUCCAGCAGUAUGGACAAGUUGUCGUCGGGUCACCACAGCAACAAGGACAGCGAGGGGAAUUCAAAGAGGUUGAGCUCUCACGGCCAGGUGGGACAUCGCAUUAAGAAGACAGGAAGCAUUGGCAAGAGCUGCUCCUCUUCCUCUUGCUCCUCCAGUCCCUUCAACACUGGUGGCGGCUCCCAAGACUUCCUCCCGUUCUCCUCUACCUCUCGUUUGGAGCGCGACCCCGACCGAGGAGCGGACGAGCAUGGUGCCGAGGAGCACCGCGACGAGCGGACCAGACGGACAGCGCCUGAGGAAGAUGACGAAGAAGAGGAGGAGGAAAAGGAAGAAGAGAAAGAAGAAGAAGAGGAGGAGGAAUUGGACAAUAGUAAAUAUCACAACAAGGCCUCUCUGCAGCCCCCGGCCCUGACCCCGGUUGACGGACCUCACGGAGGGUCGUCGCAGGGUCACGAGAGGUCAGAGGGCGAGGCCAACUCUUUUGAGACCAAGGUCACAAUCUCCACCUUCGGCUCCAUCAUGCGCAUCACUUCCUCCUCGAGUGGGCUAGGCGGCGGCAGCAGCAAGCUCCGCAAAAUCUCCUCCUCCUCUUCCUCGGGGGACUACAAGCUUUCAAAGUCGCUUCUCAAGUCCCCGCACCUAGCCACGCCCCCUAUACUGGAGGAGGCCGACGUAGAGGAAGACAAGGCCACGCCCCCACCACCGCUGCCAACACACCGGGAGAGGAGGCACCGUGGCAACAAGAAGAGCCGGCACGGACCGGGGCGCCCGCGGGGGAGCAAGAACCGGGAGCGGACGGAGAGGCGAGAGGAGGAGUACCGGCAGCACCAUCACCACACGGCUCCUGCUCCACCUCCUUCCCUAACCUCCUCCACCUCGUUCUCCUCGCUCUUCCCCAGCUCCUCCACCCUCCCCCACACAGCGUACUCCUCCACCCUGCCCACCUCCUCCCUCUCCUCCUCCUCCUUCCCCUCCUCCUCCACUUCCUCUAGCGUCAGUUUCUCCACAGGCCGCGGCUCCGGAAUCCACACCGGUCACAAGGACCCUCUGUCUUUGAGUGACGGUGUCUGUAACACCCCUCUAUCGUUGGGCGGGGGCAUAUGUAGCACCGCUCUCUCUUCAGGACUCCUGCCAUCUCACGUCUCCACGCUGUCACUUCAACCAGUCAACUCUGCCCUCAACACCCAGGUGCACCCAUGUUCCAGCUCUUCCUACAGCCUCAGCUCCUCUCAGCCAUUUAGCAGGAUCCCUUCUACUGCCCGUACACUGCCCUCACUACUGAGCCAAGCCCAGACCUCACUUCAAGAGUCCGAGAUGGACGACUGUCGCUUCCCAUGUCACGACAACUCGUCACGAGAGAGCCUUUCCUCACAGUCUCCUAUGAGCAGUCUGCCCUUACUGUUUGACCAGAGGGAGGGCGUGGGCCCUGGGGUCAGAGGUCGCCCUGAAAACGUCCCUCCAUCCAGCUCCCACAUAGAGCUCCUCCUGGAGAAGCAUGGCAACGGAGAGAUGGGAGCCAACAUUGUAGAGAUGCUCCAGUCCCUCCACUCGCUGCAGCAGGAGAACCAGCGUCUCCAGGACCAGAUUCUCAGCCUGACGGCCAAGAAGGAGCAGCUGCAGCUGCUCAAUGUGGAGCUGGCCUGUCCCUUCCCCCCGCAGGUCCAUCACUCCCACCACUCCGCCCAUGGCCUAGUGCCCACCACCACCCACGCCCACAUCAGCUUCCUCUCCUCCGCAUACGGUCAGAUUCAGAAAGCCCUCCUCAUCCUCCACUCCUCACUCAUCUCCUCUCAGAAGCUUUCCAUCCUCCUUACCUCAUUCGUUGUUAGAGUUAACCCCCUCAGCACCAAUAAGAGUCCCCUGUCUAAAAGCUGCUUCCUGAAUGACACCUCCUUCAUCACCUCAUCCGAGGAGCUCCACUCUGGUAGUCCCUCCCGCAGUAGCUCCUCCCUCUCCUUCCAGAGCACUCCGCCCCCUCAGCAGAGCCCCGCCUCCUUCGGCCAGCCCUUGCUGAACGGGCUGGGUGGGCGGGUUUUGACUGACAGCCUGGGGGGCCUCAGUCAGGCCAGCAGUUCCAUGGUGGGCGGGCUCAUGGCCUCCCAAGCAGGAAGUCCCCAGCUGAACAUGAACGGCGUGCUGGGCAGCCUGAACGGGGUGAUCCAGUCACCUGUCCAGAACGGCCCCCAGCCCACCCUGCCGGCCCUGCGGCCCCAGCCUCCUCCUUUGGGCCCCCAGGCACUGGCACAGGGCCUGCAGCUCCCCAAGAGCAUGAGUCCGAGCAGCAGGUGGUGGUCUAUCAGAUGCUGCAGCAGCAGCGGCAGAGGGAGCUACAGCGACUCACGCUAACCGGGGCCCUCACCUCCACCCCCACUUCCCAGUCCCCCAACCUGGGGGCCUCGCCACUGCAGGGUGGCCAGGGACACCCCCUCUUCGGCCUGCAGGAUAAUGCACUUCACAAGCCCGGGGUGAGUGUCGAUAUGCAGUUGUUCGAGACUCCUUAUUUGAAUAGACCAUUGUAUAGGUCAAUUCUUGAUCAACUGAAGCUUUAAAAAAUGAACUGCUUUCUAGGAGGUUGACUUGCUUCGUAACGCUGUUAAACCUGAUGAUAUACUGUAGCUGUAUACUCCAUCAAUGUUGAUAAAUGUAUGUGUGGGCCGAACAUCUAAACUCACAGGUCAGUUUUAAAUGUGUUUGAUUUCAGGGGGUGGGAGAGAAGGGCGGAGACAAGAAUGGCUGACAUGUCAUCUUCAUGUCUGAACUGUUGCAGCUGUAACAGCAGCUAUAACAGCAGCUAUAACAGGGGAAAGGAAAGUAAUUGAGCUGUUCCAUCCAGAAACUAAUGUCACCUUUAAUCUCCACCUGAAAGACUCUUGAACUCUCUGUCUUCUAUCAUCUCUGUCUUUCCCCCUCUUUUAUGAAUGUAUAAUGGAUUCCAUUUAAACGGUUAUGUUUUUUUUAAUGCAUUGAAUUCCUUUUAUAUGAGAACGUUUUUUUCUUCUAGGUCUGUACGUGUGUAGGCAGCUUUCAGAGAGCAUGAAUACAGUGGUCUGUAAUUGAAUUGCACUAAUCUGUUAGCUAGACCAAUUGGGUUCGCUCUUGUAGCAGAGCCAGAGACUCUGGAGUCCUGACUGUAAAUGUGGAGAGUAUUGGGGUCCAGCAUAGAAAUUGGACUCUGGUGAUCAAUUCCAAGUCAACCCCUAGCCGCUACUCUCAAGGCACUUCCUGAGAUCUGAAAUGAUUAGAUGGGCGUAAACAAUAUGAUGACUAUUCCACCUAGCCAAUCAGAAGACAAGGUAAAUCAAUGACCUUAUAACUUUAAACCUAUCCAAUCCUUUUAGAUCUACUGGAGUGCCUAUGGGUAGGGCUAAGUGUCGACUUGGAAUUUGGGUGUGAGUGUUUUGGGCCAAAGUGUCCUUAGGCCAUAACUUUACUGAAGCACUGACCCUCCACUUAAGCAAUUAUACCCCUGUGGAACCAAUGUAUGUAUCCCUCCAAACAUCCUUGUUGAGGACAAACUGUCUGACACCUCUCUAAACAUCAACUGUCUUCCUCAAGGUCUGUCUUCCUUUCAUUGUCUUCCCUCCCAUAUAUUGUACAACUAUGCUAUUCCUAUUCUACCCUAUUAAAUGUCACAGCUACAGACUGGCACCAAAUGAUCUGGGGACUGGCAUUGACAGUGUAGAAUGCUAACUAUGCCUCAGUCCACCCCUGAGAAUUUAGAGAGAAUGUAUGAUGUUCAAUAUGUGUGCCACUGCCGAGAUUAAUCCAACGAAACCAAACAUUUGAAUAUUGUCAAAGUAAAUAUGUAAGAAAUUCAUAUUUUUGUUUCCUCAACCCAUGUGUACUUUGCUGAUAUAGAACCUAAUAAGGGACAUUUGGUACUUACUGUUUCUAGGCUACUUGGAACUGACAAGUUAGUGAUGGAUUAGUAUGAAUAUUUUGCACUCUAUCCUGAAGUGUUAGUGUUUUCUUAUUUGUUUCGGUUGUACAUAUUGUUCUUUUGAUGCCCGGAAAACGAGUUGUUCUUUUAGCAAUACUGUAUAGUUGUCAAUGCCUUAAAAUAACGCUAGAGUUACUGAGGAAAAUCAACACACCCAUAACAGCCAAAAGGCAGCUUCUUUUCUCUUCUCCAUUUCUUAAUCUAGUUUUUGUUCUGGUUACAUUUACCGUUAUUUCAGAUUUAGGCGCAAGCACUCUUUUCAAUCUUACCAUUUAUACUAUUGAUAGGCAACGGUGAUCAUGUCAACAAUUGUACAAUGAAAAUAUGUUUAUUGGUAAGUCUCAAAUCAUCUGUAAUUGUGUCUUAAGAUGCUGCUCAUUGUUCUGUUUCUUAGAAGAACUAACAAGCAACAUCCCAUGUUAGAUGGUAUCACUUUACUUGGUCGUAAGAUCUAUAAAAGGCUGUCAUAGUAAUGACAUAGCAGUCAUGGUAUUUGUGACUAUGUUCUUAUACAAUUGUGACUCAAACUCUUAUUGCUUUCGUCAGGUCAGUGUUGAAUCAAUUGUCAUCAGGUGACUUCAUCUGUUAUGAUACGACUGCCUAUGACAUCUGUUACGUCAUUCUAGUAACACCAUUAUGUCUACAGUAUGUCUUACUACUGAGAUCAUGAUGCCAAGUCACAAAUGUUACCAUUCAGAACACAUAGGCAACUCGGAGACUCUAAUAUGUAACUUUCUUUACUGCCUGCUGCAUCUACUUUCUUGUGUGGCACAUAAUAACAGGUCCUUCUGUGCUGGGAUCAAGCUAAUCUAUUAUCAUUGGCCGUUCUCCCAGGUCUUUUAACUCACUGUUAGACUGGAAUAAUAUUUUUCCUUUGUGGUGUUCGUUACUCAUCUUAUUUUAUCAUUUCCUAAUUUAACUAUGGUCAAAGGUCAUUUCCAAAUGUGUAUUGGUUUUCUGUUUGCAACCUCGAUAUUGACCUCCCGUACAUGUGAUGUCGGUAAGUAUUGGAACUGUUCUGUUUUUUGUAGUUAGUUGUCAGUGAGGAACUUUCAAGCGACUAUGUUAGUUGGUAAAAUACUGUACCAACGAGACUAUAGGAGAAUGUUAACGUUGAUAACACAUGAGCCUAUUCCUCCAUAUUGACAGGACUUCCAAAGGAGGUCUGCGGUUGAACAAGUACGUCCUUAUGAGUUGUUGUACGAUUAAGGUAAAAAUCUAGGAAAGAACAUGUCGAAGAGAUUGUUUUUGACUGAAAGAGUACUGCGAAGGAAUCUUGAAAGGGAAUCUUUCCCAUGUUGCACUGGGGCGAUUUGGCCCAAUGAAAUGUAAAUCAUUUUUUUAAUAUACUUUUGUUGUUUUUUAUUGUUUGAGUACAAAUUGUAUACUUAAAUGUGUUUGUGUAUAGACACAUUCAUUUUCUAAGCUUUGAAGUUGGGUAACCAAGAUAAUCCAUGUUGUUAUGUAUGUAUGUCGUUAUGUGUAUCUGUUAUGUAAUACAGCAUAUUUAAGCACCUCUCUCUCAAUGAAGUUUGAUGAAAAUGGAACUAACUUCUUGGGACAUAAAAUGCAUGAAAUGCAGUUAAGUCUCGCAAAUCAGUAGCUAAAUACCAAGUUAGACUACGCAUAGUUUUUAAAUGCAUUGUUCUCAAAAAAUGUUUUAUGAAAUUUAAAUUGAGCACUGCAUUUGAGAAAAGACAAGCAUUGUUGUCAAUGUACAGUGUAUUUGUUUGAGAGAAUUAAUCAACAAUGAAUUUGCCAAUAUUCAGACUUAAUGCCCCUGUAAAGUAUUUUGAUAUUUUUGUGUAAAAAUUAAAAAGGUACAAUUAAGACGACUGAACUUUUACUGUCAAUAAAUGUAUUUUACUGA